AUGACACAUAUUGAUCCACGUGUGAAAGAAGAUUCUUUACUUUUCUUAGAUGUGCUUGUACAAAAUUGUAAUAGUGCAUUGGCAAAAGAUAGUCAUAAAAUAUUACCUAAUUUUUUAGGUAUGAUAUGCAGGUUACAUAAUGAAGGUAGCCCUGCGGCACAAUUAAUGACAACGUUACAUUCCAAAAGUACUAAUGUAAAAUGGAGAAUUAAAGUUCUGGAACGUUUAGCUAAUUUAUUUACUUCUAUUGUUAGCUACAGGAAACUUUGUAUAUGUACAAGAUCAAUUAUGCCUCUGUUUGUGAAAACAAAAAAAUAUACCAGAUUUAUUCCAAUUUACAGUGAUAGUGCGACUCAAUUAUGUGAAAUUAAUCUUGACGAAGAUAUCUCGAUAGAUAAUUGUGAGAAAAAAACCUUAUCUAUUGAAGAAUUUGCAAAAUAUGUAAAUUUAUUGAUGCCAUUAAUGUCUGAUAUUUGGCUUGAAGUAUGUCCGGAUGAGAAAAUUGAGAGUUACAUAGAGAUUACAAUUUCGAGUGAAACAGCUGCAUUAUUGAAAAAUGUCAUUGUAAUUAUGCAAUCGAUUGUGGAAUACAUUGAUACAUUGGAUCAGGAUAAUUAUAGUGUCAAACAUAUGAAGCAAAACAUCAAAAAGAUUUUUCUCAAAUGGAAUUUACGGAAGGAU